AUGAGUGACAAGCAAGCUGCAAUCACUCUUACGCAUGGGAUCCUUCGCCUUGGUCUUUGUUUCUCCACCCAGACCCCGACUGUCCAUCCGAUCUCGAAGCUCGUGCCACCCGUCCGAUAUCACAUCUUACAUCUCGAGAUGUCGACCCGAACGCAACCACAGAACGUCCCUGAUACAUAUGCAGCCAUUAAUAGCAAAGCGGCGGCCCGUCCAGCGGGUAACUGGCAGCCCAAAAAGCGUAUCGCCGGGCGCCUCUCAGGGCCCUCGGGGGCUCGAGUUAGCACGCUCGCCCACUGGACUGGAAUCAGGCCAGCGCUGCAUGCAUCUCCUCCGUGUUUCCCGCCAACGAUUUCCUCGUCCUUCUUGAAUCCCUUCAUCCUCCUCCUGCAAGCAUUGUUUUCCAUCCUCUUGUGCUCCGUCCCCUUGAUCGUAUAUCGUGCGAUUGCUUCCGCCAGCUCCCCGCUCCGGGUGCCACCGCGAAACACAGUCGACACUCCCCCGGCCCACCUCGCUAACGGGCUGAGCUCGUACAGCACCCUCCAUUAUCUGCUUGGAUCCUUGGUCACUGGAGAGCUGGAGGCCAUUGGCGCUGACUUGCGGCGGGAUGGGAUGGGCAAGAGCAUCAUUGGAAUUAUCAUCAUAGCCGCUGUUAUUGGAGUCGCCGCUCUCGCACUCCUCGUACUAUGCAUCAGGAGAAGAAGAAAGUUGGGUAAAAAGGCGAAAUACGAGCGAGCCCAUGGCGACGACACCACCGAAGUAGCGUCCACCUCCCGUACAGCCAACUCGGGGACGGCACCAAGAAGUGGUCGAUCCGGCCAGCCUCCGUCUGCUUCGGCAAAUCGCAACAAUGCCGCCGCUGGCAACGUGGAUCGCAACACUUCGGUUCGCUCGGUCAUGACCCUACCGGCUUACCGCCAGAUGGCUUCGACCAACGAGCAGGUCCUAGGGCGAGAAGGCGAGAGAGAUGGCAUCGAUGUCAUUGUCGACUUGCCCACCGAAGAGGAAGUGGAAGCGCUGCGCGACGAAGAGAUGGAGAGCAUGUAUCAGAUUCGGCUUGCGAGACGGCAGAUGAUUGAAGAGCAGCAGCAGAGAAGGGUGGAGCGACAAGAAGCCCGACGACGAGGCGACACUGCGGCCUUGGCAGACAUCCGGGUUCGCACCCGGGCUGCGAAUAACAGCACCGCCAUCGACGAGCUUCGGCGGGAAAUGGAGCGUGCAAAGGAAAACAGGAAUCUUUCCGUGUCGAGCGUAUCUUAUGCGGACGUUGGACUGGCUCGCCACGACGGCACACGAGUCCGUGCCAACAGCAGUGAGAGCGAGCGCGUUGGCCUGCUCUCAGACUCUGCAAGCAUCGGUAUGACUGAUGUGCGAUCUCAGGCGCACGGCCGUGGAAUGAGCGUGGGCUCCGUCAUCAGCAUGGACAGCAACUUCCCCUCGCCCGCACUGACCCGGUCGGGAGACUCGCAUACCAACACCCCGGGCCAGGCCCAGAGCGAAGCCAGAGCAGGGUCGAGCCCCGAGCUUGUGGAGGCGGACUUGGGCGAGGAAGCAAUGCCGCCUCCAGGCUACGAAGAUGUUUCUCUGGACGACGACGACUUCCAGGAUCGACCACUGUCGCAUAUACACGAGCCGCCGCCAGAUUACCCAGGGCACCGUCGAACGGAUUCUCGGCGAAGCCAGAGGAGCCAGAGGAGCCCGCCGUCACCAUCUCUUGUGUCGGCUUCGAGCGAAGACAAUUCAGCAGACGCCCAGCGGCUGUCCACUCGCGGUGUUGGUGGCGUCCCUCAACUGCCGAGUCUGCGAAUCAGCGAGCUCCCAUCGAUUGCGGUCGAGCCUCCAAGCGCACAGCCGCCGUCGGAACACGAGGCUGAGCAAAGACAGUAA